AAAAGAAAAGCAAUGACGCCGCUCUUCCAUGAAUGCUGGCCCUAGAUAUCUUGGGGCUUUUCGUUAUCAUCGUUCCUAAAAUCCAACCCCCCCAACCCAAAGCACAGGCAAAACAACACACACACUCUCCCUCUCUUAAACUUCAGAUUCUUUAUUUGACGUCAGCUUUGUCGAAUUUUCGUCGUUAAUUAAUAUAUUUGCAGACGUAAUACCCCAAUUUGUAAUAUUGUCAGAGCUGUCUUUGUGCAGCUCACUGAAAUUACCAUCGGAGUUCUCUCGCUCUUCAGAGUUCUCCAGCUCGUGUAUUGUGAAACCAGGAAGUAGUGUGCUUUUUCUGGUAUCGAUUGUAUGCCUAGAGCUAAAAAGAGGAAAAUUUGCAUACAAUAUCAUACCAGUUUACCCCAUUACGACGAACUGUAGUUUUGCACUGCCAACCUCUGUGUGUGCGCGCUCUCGCCCUCGCUCAUUUGCUUUCCAGAACAUUACAAGUAGACUGAUCGAUCAUUCACUUAAUCGUCGAAAUUAGAUUCCAACAUUUACUUUCCCUUAAGAGAAGAAGGAGGACUCUCUUUCUAUAAAUGCUCCAUUACUUUCCGGCAGUAUGUAUUGCUCCAAGGAAUCCAUCUCAGACAGGUGUUUGCCUUGGCAAAGUGGAUAGCAAGAGGUCUUAUUUAGCAGCCAUAAGGUCAUAUUCCCUUGGAUUCAAGUUUGGGCAAGGACAGCAAUUUGGGCACGGGCAGCUUCAGACUGAUGGCUCAACGACAUCAGGAACCUUCUUUUGUGCUGGUCAUAGACCUGCUCAAGAUCAUAGCACUAAGAAAAGGGUGAUACAUUCUCAAAACGUGGAUCUUCCGCUGGUACUGCCCAAGAAAAAGAAGAAACCCUAUCCAAUACCUCUGAAGAAGAUUCAGCAGGCUGCUCGGGCUGAUAAGAAGCUUGCAGGAAUGGGCAUAGAGAAGCCCCUUGAACCUCCUAAAAAUGGAUUGCUUGUUCCUGAUCUGGUUCCGGUUGCUUAUGAAGUACUAGAUGCCUGGAAGAUUUUAAUUAAAGGACUUGCACAACUUUUGCACAUUGUUCCUGUCUGCGCUUGCAGCGAGUGCUCAGAAAUUCAUGUGGCCCAAACUGGUCACAGCAUUCAGGAUUGCCAUGGUCCAACCAGUGGGAACCGCAGAAGCUUCCACUCUUGGUUGAAAGGCUCCAUUAAUGAUAUACUUCUCCCUAUUGAGUCAUACCAUCUCUACGAUCCUUUUGGUCGGCGUAUUAAGCACGAAACUCGAUUCAACUAUGACAGAAUCCCAGCUGUUGUGGAGUUGUGCAUCCAAGCUGGUGUUGAUUUAGCAGAAUAUCCUUCGAGGCGAAGGACCGAACCUAUACGAAUGAUGGGAAGAAAGAUAAUCGACAGAGGUGGAUUUGUUGAGGAGUGUAAACCCCGCCAAUUGGUGGAUUCAGUGUCGUCAAUUGUGGACCUUGACACACACAGGGCUCUUGAGCGAUUUCCUCCUCCUGAAGGGUCAGAGGUGCCUAGGAUUGCGCAGAAGACUGUUGAUGCGUACGAAAAAGUGAAAUGGGGUGUCAGGAAGUUGAUGAGGAAAUUCACAGUGAAGGCUUGUGGAUAUUGUUCAGAGGUUCAUGUGGGACCCUGGGGCCACAAUGCUAAGCUUUGUGGGGAAUUUAAGCAUCAGUGGAGGGAUGGGAAGCAUGGUUGGCAGGACGCCACAGUGGAUGAAGUGUUCCCGCCGAAUUACGUUUGGCAUGUUCGGGAUACAAAAGGGCCUCCAUUGAGGAGUGCACUCAAGAGGUUCUAUGGCAAGGCUCCGGCUGUGUUGGAAGUGUGCAUGCAGGCGGGUGCUCGAGUUCCUGAUAAGUACAAACCAAUGAUGAGGCUUGAUAUUGUGGUGCCAGAAAGUGAGGAGGCUCGCUUAGUUGCAUAAACUGGUUUAUCCGCUUGAAUUAUCAAUGUACUUACUUGAUCAGACAGAUAAUAUUGCAUAAUUCACACAUGACUACUGCCUAUCCUAUCGUAUCCGCAAAUACUCCAAUCCAUUCUAGGCAUACGGAAGGAAUCUUACAACAAAUUAAUGCCUUGCCUGCCAGGGCGGGUUUGGAGAGCAUAA